AUGUCCUUCGAGUACUUACCCGUAGCUGAAGAUGAAAAUGAAGAACCCAUAGAACUUCCAGUCGAAGAUGAUGGGACUUUGAUGUUAACAACUGUGUCUGCGCAAUUUCCAGGUUGCUGCGGUUUAAAAUAUCGUCAUCCUGAUACAAAAACAUUUAGAGGUAUAAGAUUAAGAGACGGCAGACUAUAUCCUCCGCCAGAGGGAUGGAGCAAUCAUUUAUACAUUUGCAGUUUUCCAAAAGAAAAUAAAAGAAAAUCUGGUGACAGCUCUGAGAUUUCACUCUUAAAAAAUAAACGAAACGACAACUUAUGUUCUGAUUUAAUCGUCUUAGGAUUACCUUGGAAAGCCACAGAACAGACGGUAAGAGAAUACUUUGAAAAAUUUGGAGAGGUAUUAAUGGCUCAGUUAAAAAGAGACCCGAAAACGGGUAUGUCAAAAGGAUUUGCUUUUAUCCGUUUUUCAUCUUAUACAUCACAAAUGAGAGUUCUAGCUCAAAGACAUAUGAUUGAUGGCCGCUGGUGUGAUGUUCGGAUACCAAAUUCUAAAGAAGGAUCUAUCACCUCAAUGCCUUGUAAAGUAUUUGUUGGACGCUGUACUGAAGACUUAUCAGCAAAUGACCUUAGAGAAUACUUCUCACAGUUUGGAGAAGUCACUGAUGUUUUUAUACCAAAACCAUUUCGUGCUUUCAGUUUUAUAACAUUUUUAGAUCCUGAAGUUGCACAAAGUUUGUGUGGUCAAGAUCAUAUUAUAAAAGGAGUAUCUGUGAAUGUAUCAAAUGCCUCACCAAAGCAAAAUAAAAGUAGUUCAAAUCAACGAAACUUACCAAGUCGGAACUAUGAAGAGAGUCAUCACAAUGCAUCAAACAACAAUUCCUGGAGUAGCCGUAACAUGGAUAUGGUUAAUAUGCAAGCUUUAGGUAUAUCUGGCCAACAUGGUCAAUCUGCAGUUGCUGGUGGUGCUGGACAAGGUCAAGGUGGAAAUAUGCCUCUGAGCAUGGGAGGUUUACCAGUUAACCAAGCAUUAGUAGCAGCUGCAUUAAAUCAAGCAGCUGGUUGGGGUCUCAUCAACAACAUACCUUCUGGAGGAUCAGAGCAAGGUGCAUUUGCUGGACCAGCAUCUUCUGCACCGCCAGCUCCACCCAAUUUCCUAUCUUGGAUGCAACAAGGUAAUUCAGCUCAGGGACCUUCUAGUCAGUGGGGACAAAGGCACCAAUCCCAAGGCCACUCUGUUUGA